GAAAGUUGAUGUUAUUUCACGUGAACUCUUGUCUAGCUAACACAGACCUUUGUCAUGCAACAAACUAAAGAAAAUUUCAGAUGAAUUUCGAAACCCCAAUAACAUACAAGUUGCAAUAUCAACCGCCAGCCACAUUAUCGCCUAGCUCGGCUACAUGUUGAUACACGAUGUGAUCACAUGGGCGAGCUUCUUGUGUAUGUUUUAUUAGUUUCAAGCAGUUUACUACCACCAUGCAUCUAUAAAUACCCUAGCUCCUCCAUUGCUUCAUAUCAAACACAAAACCUUCUUGCAUAUCAUAGUUGGAAGAUACUAGUCGCUCAUUGAGCUUGUCAUCAGCUUGUAACAGUCGACAUUUUGAGAAAUGACGGCUUUAGCAUCAACUGUCCUCAUCGUCUCUCUAAACCUACUUUUCUUUACUUUGGUGACUUCUUGUAACACUUGCACACCAUCACCAAACCCUACAAAACCUAUUCGCCCGCCGACAUAUAUGCCACCAAAAAUCAAUCCAUCACCAAAGUUCCCAGUACCAUCGACUAAGCCUGUUAGUUGCCCAAGAGAUACUCUGAAAUUGGCUGCUUGCGCUGAUUUGUUAAAUGGUGUUGUCCACCUUGUUGUUGGAACACCACUUAACACUCCUUGUUGUAGUCUCAUUCAUGGUUUAGUUGAUCUUGAAGCUGCUGUUUGUUUAUGCACUUCCCUUAGGGCUCAGGUUUUGGGAAUUAACCUUGAUGUUUCGGUCGCCCUCAGUUUAAUUUUAAACACUUGUGGCAAGAAGGUUCCAUAUGGUUUCCAAUGCGCGUAACUUUUUCUAUGGUCCUGAACCAAACGCGAUAGGUGUUUCAUUUGCUAUUUGUAUGUUGAUUUCUUUCAUUGAUCGACUUUUCUUUCCUUUGGUUUCAUGUUGAAUUGUAAUUUCCCUGAUAGUCGACUUCCAUCAUGCUUGUACUUUUUUUUCUUCAUAUUUUCUACGCGUAAAUUUCUCAUUA